AGCAAGAGGGUGGAAGGAAAACAAAUAUGGCGACCGUGUAGCUGUAGUUUCCUUGUCAAUAAUUAUAAAGCUAAAUAUAUAAAGCUGUUUUUUCCUCCAAAUAUGUCUAUAGAUAUUCAGAAGUGGAAGAAUGAGGCUCAUGAAAAUGCUGCAAAGACUGUGGCAAAUAUGCUCCAGGUUGGUAUUGUGUGUAUGAAAUUUAUACUCGGGAAGAUACUUACCGAAAUUGUACAAGAUUGACCUUAUUUAUAUCAAUAAUCGUGAAAUUUAAGGCAGCUUUUUCACAUCUUGUGGGAUGGAGACAUAACUUUGACUCAAAAGCUUAAAAUUUAAGCAUAAUGUAUUUUAUUAUAUAAUGAGAUGCAUGCAGCACCUCAAGAAAUUUAAGCAAUCCAAAGGGCCUUUCCAUUUGUGACCUUCCACGCGAAAACGUACACUAACAGCUUUCUGUUUACAAGCCGUUUUUCAGGCGUCUGAACAGCUUGGUCACCCGUCCGCUAGAAACAUCAAACCAUUCGACCGACUUGGUCACCCGUUCGUUGAAGACCUCAGGCUUUUCAAAUGUCUUGGUCAUCCAUAAUAUGGCAUCACUUCGAACGACCAGAGCUAUUUUCUGUGGAAUGACAUGGAUCAUCCUUUCAUGGAGACGAGUAACACUUUCCAUUCAAAAAAUUCACUUGUUCGAGCGGUCAUUGGAAGAGCCAAUAAGAGUUAUGUGUUGUGAGAGCAAUGCAUAAAGUCUAAAGCUUGAGCUUUGUCUGUAGUUCCUCAUUUUUUUCUCUCUCCCCGCCACAUCUUGCCCUUCUCGCUUGUGAUGAUUUUCACACACGCUCGCAUUUCGCUUGCUCUACUAUCCCUGAGGAAAAAUAAGGGCUACUCAUAGUCCAGGCUAUUCAGGAUGGGAAGCUAACAGAUAUUGCUUUAGUUAAUGUCUAACGAAAAACUUAUGACUAGCCCUUGGUCAGCCGCUUGUCACAAAUGGCUUCAUUCAAACAACAGCUUUCUUAUCUUUUAUGGUGUUAAAUUAACCAUACAUGUAUCUACUCAGGUGGUGAUACCAAGUUUUUUAAAAUUUAGUAUUCUUUCUUUUUAUUGAUAAAUAAGUACACAAAGCACAAGUUAAUGAUAAUAACAUGCCAAAGCCAGAGGCUUAUAUGGCAUAGGUCAGAGAGUUACAAUGUGCUGCUAAGUUACAAUGAGGAUAAAAAUUAAUAAGUACGAGAUUUACAGAGAAAAGGCAAACUAUUACAAUGUAUAAAGAAUUAUUACUGCAUAUAAAGCAAAAUAAACAUAACAAUUAAAGUUUUACCCCCCACCCCUCCCAAAUGAUGCAAAACCAUGGAUUCCUUUGCAACUAACCCCUUCUAUCAUUAAUUGACUCUUGUUUCAGCAUCCUGACAGUUUGGACAAAGUGGAGCAAUGGAGGAGAAGAUACAUGAGAAACAAAGUAAGUGGCUAUAUAUGUCUAGUUUUACUGAGAACAACUUUGUGUACAUGUAGCAAGUGUUAAGUUUCAUUAAUAGUCUGUGACUGAAUAUCUUACCAGAGAAAACGUAGCAGAAACAUUGAUAGUUCUUGCAAAUGUUCUGUCUGAUGUUCAGUCUACCUGGCUGAGUCACAAACUAAAAGCGUCAGUACAGGUUGAUAAAACAUGUCCAUGACAGGCUUUUUUUCUAAGUGCCUGCUUAAUGCAGACACCCAGAUAAUACAGACAGUAUGGCAUGUCCCUUUGGUGUUCAUAUUAACCAGGUUUUUAACUGUAGUAAUAGUGUUAUACUAAAAGAAAAAAAUACUGAAGUCCUGAGUAAGUAUGGCAAAGCAGAAAAUUUUUCAAGAGGAUAAGGAGGCAAGUUAAACUGUCUUUUACCUUAGGCUGAAUUGAUAAAUGUACAUGUUAAGACAACUCUUUCAGAUUAGGUGGGAGUUAUAAACUCUGUUAUCACAUUAACAGGCAUCAGCAGAAGCCAGGCUGAAAACAGCUGUUCAGUCACAGCUAGAUGGUGUGAGGACAGGGCUAUAUCAACUUCAUAGGUAAGACAAUAUCGUUUUCAACAUAGGGUAUUAGUGUGAAGUUAAAAAAAGGGAGAAGAGGAAGAAGAUCUAGAAGCAUCAUCGGUGCUAUAAACUUUCCUAAUCCCUUCUGACAGUAGCUUUUUGGGUCUCUGACUUUGUGCAAAGGUGACGCAGUUUAACUUUUUUAAAUAAUUGAUUUGUUAUUAUUACUGCUUUUUCCAUUCUCACCACCUAUUUAUCUGUAGCCUUUCAUCAUCUCAUUCAAUAUUAAUAUAGAUUUAUUUUUGGCACUGACUUGACUCCAAAGUUUUUUUUUUUGCCUUCCAGUGCUCUUCAAGAAAUCAAGGAGAUCAAGCAGAGGUAGAGGCAACUUGUAUUAAAAACACAAUCACAUGAAUGCAGUACUUGUCAAGUAACAUUAUUUUUUAUCUGGUGUAAAUGUUACAGGUCAAAAUUAUGGUCAGAUAAAAAAUUUUUAACCUAGGUUGAUUCUCAAUUACCUUUGUCUCCUACAUGCAUGUAGCCCUAACCAUUAAUUUUUGUGAAUUAGGGCUAGCAGACAAAGAAAAUUGAGAAUCAACCUACGUUAAAAAAAUUUAACCUAAAUUAAAUUUUGACCAAUAACACAUACAUGCUCUGCUUGAAAUUUUGAUUGAUUAUCAAUGAUAGUUCACCACUAUUGUGUUCGAAAAGCUAGGAGCUAUUACAGGCUGAAAAAAUGUGCUUGUAUCCUUAAUAUGUGAUUUUGUUUUUGUUGCCUUUCUAAAGUAUGAAUGAGGUUGACUCAAUGUGUAAGAAUGUCCGAUCACUAGCGGAUGACUUGCAAGUUGUAAGAGAAUGCCAAAGGCAUCAAAGCCAGGUAACACAUUUCUAUUUUAACCCACAGUCAAGCACAUUCAAGUCAAUCUCCCCUCCCUCCUUUUUUCCCUGUCCUCACACACACCCUAAUUGAUUUAUUAUUUUGUUAAGGCUAGUUUUCACUAGCAAUGAAGUCAGACUCAAAGUCAGAGUCAGUAAGCGGAGUCAUAAGACCGCUUAUGACUCUGUGACAAUCAAAAAUCUGAGUCGUAAGCAGAGUCAUAAAAUAUGCAAUGGAAUCAGAGUUGGAAGAAUCAGGAUGUUUCCAUUUUUUCCUGACUUCAUGCACGACUCUGUCGCUUAUGAUCUAGUAAAAACCAGAUUGUCGGAGUCGGAAGCCGAAGCGGAAGGAUAAACCAAUCAUAAUGCAAAUGUUCCCAUGCUUUGUGAUUGGUUUAGUUCUUCUGCUUCUGCUUGUGACUCUGACAACCUAGUUUCCACUUGAUCGUAAAUGAUGGAGUCAUAACCAGAAUAAGAACGCUGUUUUCACUAGAUCGUAAAGUUCUACGUUUCUGAUUACGAUUACAACUGCAACUCUGUUGCUAGUGAAAACCAGCCUUUACCCUUUCCUCCCAGUGUGAAAGAUGGAGUCUUGAAAGGUGGUUCUAACUUUUGAAUGUGUGGUUAAAAUACUGUAGUGUCGCAAUUCAAACUGAAACUCUUUGCGACUACUCUCACAUGGUACUGUUUGAUUUUUUCAGCAUAACAUAUUAAUGAAACUUGGAAAUUUUGUUGAAUUUUGCCUUUGGCUACUUUUGGGAGCAAAAGGGUUAAUUUUUUUUUCGCUCUUUUACUUUUACUAGCCUUUGAUUAUUCAUUUCAUAGCUGAAUUGUUGUUCCCCUUUAUUUCCAGGGUGAGCAGUGAUAUUGAUAAUAACAAUUACAAUAAUAAUAUUAUUGUAGUUGUUGUGACAAUUGCUGUACUGGUAAUAACAUAAUUGCUUCUACAAUUGAUUUAAAUUUUCAGAUUUCUAAAGCUUGUGAACACCUUAACCUCAUCUUUACUGUUCCUGAGAAUGUGAAGAAAACAGAAGCAUUAAUUAGUGAAGGAAAACUGCUCCUUGCACAUAAAUGGUAAUGGAAACUAUUUGAGUAUUGUGAUAACAAGAUAAAUAUUAAAUAUUCACAAUAGUUGCACAGAAUAGUGACUUUUUGUUUGGAAGAUAAGCAUAAUGUGAACAAAAUCUACAGUCAAAAGGUAAUUUUUCUUAAUUUUUUCUUAAUUUUUUCUUCAUUAUUUUGUAUGUUUAUCUGAUUUGGAAACCACUAGGGAUGAACUUCUGUUUGAAGUUCAUAAGAUGUCACAGCAAGAGGAAGGUCCAAAGCCAGAGGAUAAGAGGGUGAGCUAUAGAAUUUACAAGAAUUAUUUUUGCAUAUUCUGCAAGGAUGUGUGUGUUUUGCAAAUUAUGAAGUCUUGCAUUUCUUUCAAUAAUUUUUGAAGCUCAAAUUGCAAUAAUAUUAUUUGAAAUUAAAAUAGGUCUUCUAAUUUUGGUACAUGAAGCCAGAGAUUUUUCUUCACGGUAAAUGCUGCAAAUAAUCAGACAGUGCUUUGCAAGAAGUUAAGAAAGUAUAUUUAAUGGCAAAAAGCAAUUUUUGUCUCAAAUUAUAGGCCAUGUCUUAAAAUUGAAUGAUAGAUCUUUUGUUUAUUAACUUUGUAUCCAUUUUUUGUUAUUUUGGCAGCCACUGUAUCAAUACUUUGAUGCUGUCAGGAAAUUAUCUGUGAGUACAAACAUGAGAAUUUGAAGGAAUUUAGUACAUUACUGUACUUAUUUAGAGGUUAAAUAAUAAAUGAAAUAUUUCUGUGCUUUAUACAUUACUGAAACUGUGUCAAGCCUUGUCCAUGAAGAGGUGGGGGUGGGGAGGGGACAGGAAGGCCCAAACCUCCCACCUUCCCUACCUAGCUUUCCCGUCUCCCCUCCCUUUCUUGGCUCUCCUCCCUUUUGGCGGUUUUUGAUUAUGAAAUAUUAACCAUUGUUACAUAAUUUCCCCUAUUUCUCUUCCCUCCCAGCCAUUUAGAACUCCUACCUCUUCCUCUUUCCUCUCCUGCCUACUGUACCUACCCCUCCUGCCCCCCUCCCUGCUAUUGUCCCUUGCUCCCAUGCCUCUUUUCCCCUUGUGACUCAUCAAUGCGUAACACUUAUUUUUACAGCCGACUCCCGACAACUCGACCUUCAAGGGAAAUCAAAAAAGUUUGAGUUAUCGGGAGCUCAAAGAAAAUAGCCAGGAGUAAGGACAAAAACAGUUGUCACUGCUAAGUGAACAUUUUAGCCAUUUAAUUAGCUAGAAAUGUUAAUGCCUACAACACAUCAAUGGAAAAGUCCAAAUUCAAUUUUUUGUACAGCAGUAUACUGUUUUUUUCCUGACUUUUUAAGGGCUCAAAGCAUGAUCCAAGUUAUCGAGGGUAACAUUAUAUAGAAAUGAUCUGAGGGGAAACAAAAAUUACUUUGAGUUAGAGUGCGAGGUUCAAGUUAGCGAGGGUUUGAGUUAUCGGAAGUCAUCUUUACUUAUAUUACGUGGUCUUACUGUUUUGUAUUUUACAUUUAAAAAACUUGCUCCCUAACUCAUCAUUUAUAAUUGACAGGAUUCUUUAGGAAAACAGUGCUGGGUAGUGUUGGGCCGAGUGCUGAGUACAGUACGCAGUGACCCAGCCCAGCUGGUCACUGCCUUAAGAAUAGUUGAAAGAGAGCAAAGGUGAGAGUUGCUGUCCAAGUUUGCUUUUGUUUCCUUAAGACUACCUGUUUCAAGGCACAAAAGUGCUAGGCCAAUGUUAUUACAAUAAUCCUCUUUGACAAGGCAUUUUCGCUGGCUCCUCUUGUCACCUGUAAUCCUAAUCUCCAGGUUGUUGUUACGCAUUCGUCAUAUGUAUGUAGCCAGCAUUCGUUUGGACUUCCACUAAAGAAUGAGUGGAAUGCACAGAACACAAUUUGAUCAUGCAUGUUUGGAUCUUCUAUCACUUGUAGUCUGAUCAUGCAUGUUUUGACUAUCUGUCACAUGAAACUUACGGAAAACAAUGCAAUGUAGCAAAAGCAUUAAAAAAAUACCUGAUCGCAGGUUACAAUCAUUGUGACCUGCACUCCAUGACCUUUGGAUAUUACAAGUCCAAUAUUGUAAACUGGUGCUAAUACAUGUAAGCCCCGUCAGUUAUAGGUCCACCAAAGGAGGAUAUUGCUGUCUUCCCAGCCUGCCUUGUGUCUAUCUCUCGGUGAUUUUUUCGGGUCUGUGUGAUGAAAACAUGAAUUUUUCUUUAAGUUUGGGAGAAAUUUUCGCUGCUUUAAGGAUGAGAUAUGGAGGUAAAGUAAAUCGUAGCGUAAUUUCUCAUCUUUCGUUACGAGGACAGAAUGAUUCCUUGAUUAACUUAUCCUGUUUUCUGUAAGAUUUGACCGUGUGACCUUUCUCUUGUUAUGCAUUUACACUGGAAUAGUAUUCCAUCAAACAUUAUGCAUGCACCUUCAUUAAGCAGUUUUAAGUCCUAUCUAUUGGAUCAUUUGUGUGAAUCAGGUGUAACUCGUGAGUGACAAGUAUGCAAUUUAAUUACAUUAUCUUUGGGCUGUAUUUAAAUUUUACUUCUUAAUUUUUAGUGUCAAUAUUUUAGUAUGCAAUUUAAUUAGGUUUUGUAUUUUCUGUGAUUUUAUUUACUUAUAUUGGCAUGACAAAGUAUUAUUAAACUAUUUAUUUUAUUGUGCAAGCCUCAAACCCCUCAUGGCUAGAGGUUUUGUUUCCUUUUUUAGGACAAAUGUAUUUAUUUUCUUGUUAUAGGGCUGAUAAAAGAGCAAAAGAAAAAGAAGAAAGCAUGGGGUUUUCAGUGCCUGGGCGGCCCAAAAAUUGGAGAGAUAAAGCUUUUAAAGUUCUGGAGGAAUCAGUUAGUAACAGGUUAGGGACUUUCUAGAUAAUGUUUCAUGAUUUCAUUAACCCCUGAAAUGAUCCCUAAACCACCUAUGCUGAAUACUAACCUUGUAAAUGCCAUAGGCAUCAUCAAUUUUUAUGUUAAAAGAUGACCUUUACAACACAACUAAAUUACCAUAAUCAUAAAACUUUUAACCCUUAAAGGUCUAAUAUCAACCAAUAGACUUUUUAGAAUGCUGUCCAUUCGUUUCCUUAAAGAUUUAAUUGAGUGAAUAUUUGUUAAAAGAUCAUGUCAUUGUCCCAUUUCUGAUCAUGGUUUAUAACUUCCCAUAACCUUUUAUCAUGAUGUUGUAUUGAUGACGUUAGGAGAAAAUGGAUGUUGGUCACGCGGGACUUGAAGGGUUAUAGUAUUCCAAAGCCAUUAUCCAAAAGAGGUUCAAAUAGACCAGAGAUACAUGGAAAAUAAAUCAAAACAGAAGGAAGACAACAACAUCGUUUGGCUAUAUGUUAUAGCCCACUAGUAGCGAAAGCGCCAGCUUUGAAAACCAAAACAAUGGCGGCUGAAUCGCGUUUUACUAGCUAAAGUUGUUUUGUCUCGAUAUUUUGGACCAACUAGUUGGAUUUUACUAAAACAAUUAUUCCUCUCGCCCCAUGACCUCUGAGUCAAUAGCCCAUUUGGCGUUCGGUUUCAUGGGCUAUUGACUAUGUUAAAUACUGGUAACACAUUCAGUUAAACAUCUGAUUUUCACUUUUCACAUUAUUUUAAAGUGUAAUCCUGGUUAUUUUCGUGGGGUUUUAGAUUUGAAAGUCUUGACAUGGAAUUGCAGGACAGAGUGGACGAUAAAAUGUGGCUAGUUAAGCAUCUAGAGCGCACCAGGCAGCGUGUGCUGGACGACUUAAUUAUUGUAAAGGUUUGAGAUAUUUUUUUAGUAUAAUUUAUUUUAAACCCCCAAAAUUCCUAGAUGUGAUGCUCCUUUCGCUAGGUAAUGUGUGGCUGGUCCCUCUAUAUGCUAUAUUCAACUGAACCUUGUCAGAUGCUCUUGGAGGUCGUGGAAGGUUUGAGCGUCUCCUUUCAAGUAAACUGCAAAACAGUCGGGUCUUUUUCUCAAAAUCCGUUUUGCAGAGCGCGAAGUGGCGAUGCGUUAUUUUCGCACAAAGCGCGAGAAGAAUUUUUUGCUGUUGUUGUUGUAUUUUUCGCCUCUCUCUGAAAUCUCACUCUCCGUUUUUACCCUCAUUCCAGACCUACCCUUUGACGUGCGCGCGCGCGUUGAUUCUUAACCAAAGCAAAAAUACGCGCUGUUUUGCAGUCUACUUAUCAAGAGAAGAGACUCUUGUCUCCUAGACUGCAAAACAGUCGGUUUUUUUCUCAAAAUCAGUAAAGAAAUUCUGGCGUGUCUUACCUGAAAGGAGAGCCUGCCAGACCUUUUCCUUCUGCUCGAGCGAUAAUACGCAAAAAUACGGACUUUUGUUGCGUCUUUGCUUUUCCUUCGAGCGAUACUUUAAGCAUUUGUUGCGCUUUAGCCAGUUUAGCGACCCCACAGAUGUUGGAGCUUUUACUACAAAACUUCCCACAACAAAUCAGUCCGAGCUGCAAGUAACAUUCGGUCUUCUGUAUGUAUGGCAGUGAACAUAUAUAUGGUAUUAAUCAGACUUUCCGCAAAUCCCCACUACGCUAUUAACUAUGGCGCGACCACAAUAGUGACCUGACCGGACAUACGUAUUUUUUUAAAGAAAGAGAAACUAUGUACAGUCAUUCUUUCAUGCCAAAACAUUUAAGCCACUCUUGCGCGUUAUUUGAGUUCAGGGGCAUCCAUCGAGGAUAUAGUUCAAAACCACUUGAACAUAGCAUUUUAGUAUUUAAACAAUAGAUAUAGGCAUAUUUUUAUCCCCUAAAGAUUUUUCAUCUGUUCGGAUUUCCUAGCCGAAAGUCUAUUGAUUCGAAAAUUAUAGGGAUCAAAACUUACCUUUUCGAAAGGCUUCCGAAAAUUCUAGGUGACCUUUUUAGGGUAAAAACCGUUAAAAAUGGGCAAUUAUACCAUUUUUUAGAUGUUCGAAAAUCCUAGGAGAGGCAGACAAGCAAGAAAUUUUACAACAAAUGUUCCGAAAAUUCUAGAUCUCAAAUCGUCUUCCGAACAGAUAUAUUCCGAAAAUUGACGUUGGGUGCCCCUGUGAGUUGCUUUCAUAAAACCUAUAAUAAAUUUCGGUUUUAACAUGACUUCUAGUGUAAUCUUGUGCAGUUAUGACCUUCCGAAAAAUGUUGAUUUUUGAUACUACUAUUUAAUUGUGGGCGUCAUAGAGAUGUUUAAUUUUUUUAACAUGAAUUGCGCUUGAUGAGGCGGUCCUAUAAACAGUUGUAUGUUUUUCCUCCAAUUUUAGAAUCUCUGCCAAGACUGUUUUCCUCCAAGUUACAACAUAUUUGAUCGUUUCAUCAGAAUGUAUCACCAGGCUUUAUCGACUAUGGUAAGCCAGGUUGCAUUAUUAAGCCUUUCAGUUCUAGACUGAGUGGCCAAAGUUAAAAUUUACCAAAAAGUUCCAAUUUUUUUUUUUUUUGCAAAAUCCUUAGAAAUAAAUUGCACUUUGCAAACUUCUACCUAAAAGGUUUCAUUUGAAUGGUAAUAUCACGGGAUUUCCCCCUCAGGUUAAAAAGUUAAAGUAAAAAUUCAUUUUGCCAUAAGUUGGUCUAGGAGUAGGAGCAUUAAAAACAAAAAAAAAGCAAUAAUUAUGGGUUUAAUAAGCAAAACAACAACUCUUCACGUGCAGCACACUUUAUUUAUACAUUUCUUUGCCGUCAACGCACGUGGACUAAAACGUGAAAUUCCCUCACGGGACGUUUUAUAGAGAACAUCAACACACCACGACGGAUUUUUCUCUUUCCCUCAGAAAGUGAGUUUUGUCCUGAGAAAUUUACCUACAUUUGGCAUUUAAGCGAGCUGGAACAAUCGCGGCAAGCUUAAGGGUUUUGCGGGUAGUGAAACUAUCAUCUUAGACCUAUUUUUUUGUUGAGGAUUUGUUUGUUUGUUCUUACUCGACAGUUGGAAAGGUUUGUUAUGGAAGAGAGACUUGAUUCGAAUGAAUGCAUCAGCCUUUUAACCUGGAUCAGAGAGUACAAGUAAGCUGAAAGAAUGAAAUAUGGUAAAUUUUAAGCUCGGUGACUCAAAUGUGAAAAUGAAUUAACUAGCAUGUCACGAGCGCAGGACAAAAAAAAAGUCUGAGUCCCCGGCAGGACUCGAACCUAUGACCACCCAAACACCGGGCGGGCGCUCUAUCCACGUGAGCUACGGAGAACUCAUGGAGAGCUAGGCCAUAUACUAGGUUCAUAUUUGACACGCGUCCUGCAAACUGCAAGGAUCAGCAAUGUCGAGGUCGUGCUGUGUGGUGAAAGAAUGAAAGAUGGUAAAUUUUAAGCUCGGUGAAACAAAUGUGAAAAUGAAUUACAAGUAAGCUGUUUAGUUGUUGAAGUUGUAACGCGUAAGAUUUACAGCUGACUCACCUGUUUUGUCUCGAUUUGCUCAUUAGGGGCACUGAGCUCAUGAUGCACCCAGAUUUGGAGAUUGAUGUUGGAUUCUUGGGUCCUUUGCUAUCACCCAAAGUCGAGCAAGAACUCAUGGAUACGUAAGUGUUGCUAACAUGAUGAUCUGUUUAGACCUUCCUCUUUAUAACAGUAGACCUCUUAGGGACCAGUCAUUAUUUAUGUAGAGGCGGGGGGAGGGAAGAAAAGAAGGGGGGGUCAAGGCUAUUUCAGAUUGGCUAGAAGGAGGGGCUAACCUUUUUUAUAUAGAAGUUUAGGGGGGUCAGCAGUUUGAUUGCGAUGUAUAUUUUAAGAUGGGUCCAUUGACCAAGAUGGAUAAAGCAGUUAAUAGGAAAAAAUGGGAAACAGUAAUGCGAACAAGUACAAAUUUUUGCUAAUCAUAUUGCCUUUUGUUUAUCUAAAGCAUCACUAUAUUGUACAACUUAGUCAUUUGUAUUUGACAGAAAUUCUGUUAUGUGGCAUUGUUAUGUGACAAUCCCUAUUGUUUUCCCAGCUAAUCAAAAACAAUAUUUCAAAUAGGUGCGGGAUCGCCCCUUUAUAGGUCAUUUGCACGAUGACGUCAUUUUACUAACACGUCCAGAAUCCUUCAGAAUUUUGUUUUGUGGUGCAAAUUAGGGCUUUUGUUAUUUAAACCUCACUGGGGCUACCAAAUUUAAAUAUGAAAGAAAAAACGAAAAGGAUUCUGGUCAUAGUAGUAAAAUGACGCCAUCAUGCAAAUGACCUAUUGUGUUUGGUAAUUAAGAUUGUUUGGAUCAUCUUAACAACUCAAAAAAAUGGGAAAUCGGAAAUGAUCGAUACGUUCUCUCUGAUGCCCUUUUCUGUUUUGGCCUUUUUUAUAUUAUUAUUAUUAGGGGGUGUUUACAUGACGCUGGGGCGACUUUCGCGCCGGUGCGAGUUCACUCCGAUUCCAUCUCGUGGCUCUGUAUUUGUUUACAUGAUACCAUCACAAAAUGUCAUGCCGGCGCGAGUCACCCCGGCGUGAGUUCACUCCGGUUCUUGUACCGGGGCGAGAAUUUCACUCCGGUACGAAAUCUCGCAACGGUAUCAUGUAAACGCGAAACGACCAAUCGUUUCGGAGUGAAAUCGGUCUGCCGGUAGACUGGAACGGGUAGCACAUGUGUAAUGUUUGCCAUUUUGAAUCGCCCCCUUAUUUUAUCAACAUGAAGUGUACCUUCAUACAAUCGCGAUACAGUGAAAUGACUCAGUCAUCAUGUGAACGCGAUACGAAAUCAAGAAGUCAUCCCGGUCUGAAACUCGCCCCAGUGCUAGUUUUCGCAUGUAAACACCCCCUUAGAGACCCAUAUAAAUCGUGUUUGAGACGAACUUGAUCUUCGAUGCUCCUCAUAGUUCUACCAGUUUAACGAUGGGCUAAAGAGGCAUUAUCCAUUUUGUCGAGCAAUCCUCUUUUAAGUGCAACUUCUGAAGGUACAUGGAGCUCUACGUGAAAAACUUCUCUUAACUUCAGACAAAUUAGUAGUCUGCUACACAGCCGUUUUUAGUGUCGUGACGCAACGCUCCUGGCAGACUAACAAAUUAGGGGACAACUGAUCGAAUUCGUCAACACCUAAUCCCAUCUCAUACAAUGAACAACAAUGAGCUGUCACUACCGAUUUGGCAUAUUGAAACCACAGCAUAAUUUCUUAAACCGCUAAAUUGUACUGCCUAUUUGUCCCUAUCUCUAGAUACCUAACGACCACCACAAAAAAUAUGACGGAGUGGAUGAGCAAGCUAGCUGAAACAGACUUGAAGGUGACCUGUCUCAUUCGGAAAUCGUUUGGCUGUUUACCCAUUCUCAGCCAUAUGUUAAAAUCAGUAUAUAACCUUUAUUUUAAGAGAGUCACACCAAUUACUAUGAAAAGUAUCCUCCCUAGUGGCCCUCUUAAUAUAUCCCACUUAGAGAGAUCUGGAAGUCCUAUAAUUUCUUAAACUGCGGCCUAAGUUAGUCGUCUUUCAAAUAACCGACCCUUUUAGUAUUGCAGGUACCCUAAGCCAACUCUGUCUUAACGGAACGUUCUACAAGACAGACACCUGCCGCUUUUCAUUCCUUUUGACUCUCUAUUGGUCAUUUUGACGAAUUUCGCACGAGGCUGGCUGUGUCUGUGUUGAGUCGAACUGCACUGUGGGACUUUUCUGGGACCGCUAUUCUAUUCACAGAAAACUGGAACAAAAUCAUGCUUCGUCCAAUCCCCCAAAACAGCACCGUGGGGGAGGAAGGAGGACAGUGCGUACUUUUAGGAAGGUCUAUCAAUAGAAUACUCAGACUCAGUGUAGAUCUGGGUAGAAGACAGUAAGUUUACUGUAGUUUUAAAAAUGUCGUCGACACAUCUUUUCAUUGUAAAUUGGAAGAUGGAGGCAGUUCCAAAAUAAGUACCGUAUUUAUUCGAAUAAGCGCCCAACCUCUUUAAUGUCGCCCAGCCUCGAAUAAGCGCCCACCCUACCCCCUCCCCUCCCAAUCAAACUCAAUUAGCGCCCACCCCACCCCACCUAUAAUGAGAUUGAAAUUGAAAUUGACUAAGUACUAAUAAGAGACUUCCCCAAAGACGGAGUAUUCUUCCAAGUACCGAGAAAACCUUGCUUUGUUACUUCGUUUUGUUACUGGCAUUUACUGUUUUUUUGCAAAAUAAAAAUACUACACUAAUUGCUGAAAAUGGUGAAAAUUUAAUAACCGCCCAGCCUCGAAUAAGCGCCCACCUCAAAUAAGCGCCCACUCUCAAGGUCCAAAAAUUUAAUAAGCGCCCAGGGCGGUAAAUCGAAUAAAUACGGUAGUCUUGAUCAGUAGAGUGUCAUGUUCUUUAACAAGAAAUGUGUGUUUCUUCUCAGGACUGGAACAGUGAUGCUCCACCGGAGACAGACUUGGAAGGAUUCUACAACACAUCGCUCCCUGUUUUCCUCUUUAAAAUGAUUGAUCAACAUGUAAGAGCUUCAUUAUAAUCAGUUUUUCUCUUGAAUGAAAGGAGCUGCCUUUUUCUUCAAGUAGAGGUUAGAGAACCUGUAGGAAAGAACCAAGACAAAUACCAGCAAAAUCCUGUAUACAUCUAUUUCGUUUUGCUCCAACGCAACUUACUAGACUGUCAUAACGAGGUUGAGUAUGGGAUCUUGCGGGUGAGUGUAGUCCUUGGCGUUUCGGUAACAACGUAUUAGUUACAACUUGUUAGUUUUAUUUGAGUUCUUCAGUAACUUUUUUGAAAGAUGCUUGUGAACACUAGCUUCGAUUUAAUGGUAGGUCAGCGUUCUAUGAUAAGUCGUUAGUAGCAGUCAGUAAAAUACGCAAUACACAGUGACAUUACACGACCAAUAAUUGAUUUCCCAUCUUAGCUACAAGUGGCAGCCAAGGCAGGCGAAGGAAUUAAACUACAGGUAAGCGACCUUCAAGUGCGUUUUUGGGUUUUCUUUGCGAAGCUAAAUGCAACUAACAUUACGUAAACGGCUGCCAUGCUUUGUGAUGGACUGUAAAACAUCUUGGGCUUUUUUAGAGGUCAGAUGUCAACGAAUGGCAAGCUCGAGUUGCUUUUAUGUGUUUUCACUCGCCGGCAUGCUUGUAAUGUUUUGAGUUUGUUUGUUAAAAAGAAUUGCUAUCAUUAGAUUGUUGCAUCUUGAGUGAAUGGCCAUGAUUGCAUAUGUAAUGGUUAGAAUUCUUUUUACUUUCAAGUAUUGUUUUUUCUGACAAAAAUGUACCAGCAGAAAAUUGUAGUUCAGCGGUUAAAAGUCGAUUUUCGUAACCUAUAGUUGUAAAAGUUUCGCGCUUAUUUGUUUCUUCUUUUGCCUUUGAAUAGAUUCUUGAUAUCUGUCUUGAAUCCGUGCAAGGUUUUCAGAGAGAGUACAGAAGUAAGUAGAACAAGAAGAGAGUGUUUAACUAACCAGAAUUUUUUAAAUCAGGGCCAAGUUGUUCAAAGCUCGGUUAAAAUAACCGAGGGUUAGUACGAGAUUUGCAUUCAGAUUUGAAAGAUUAAAAAGCAGUUCAUUUUUAAUUCUUUUUGUCUACAUGUUGAUGAUUGGAACCUCUAAAAAUAACGGAGAAAAUUUUUUUUGAACACAAGGAAAUGAAACCCGGGUUAAGCGCCAAUCGUCCUUCGAAUAACUGGGCCCAAAAGACUAAAAUCCAACCUCGUUUCCAGGACUCUUGCUACACGUCCCAUCUUCUAAGUGUCUCUUUCGCUCCGGGAGAUGAUUAGGAAGAGAAACUAUCCACCUAUCCCUACCCUAAGCCAUCAUUAAUACUUACUUCUCACUUAAAGCAAAAUGUUGGCUAAGGGAAGGGGUAGGUGGACAGUUUCCCAGAAACCUACGUUGAUCCAAAAUGUCGUUAAUUAACAGUUAAUUUUUUAUACACUCAGCUUUAAUCCGAGGAUAUAAGAGCAAACACUUUGAAGACAGAAGCCAGCCCUUCCGAUUUGUGGAUUACACGGUAGGAAGAGUGAUUCUGAUCUUCCUUGUUACUGUAACCAAGAAGGGGAAAAUUAUAAAAGCGUCCUGAAUUAAUCGGUCUCUUUAUUGUGUAGAUCAUGAAUCCCGAGUCAUCUUCACCAUCAUCAUCUUUCAUUGUCAUCAUCAUCAUAAUUAUCAUCAUCAUCAUCAUUAAAAUGAAACUUCCUGUGAGAAAUUAUUAAACUCAAGUUUGCAUAGAGUGCUUGGUCUUCCCCAUUCAUAAGAAAAUUAUAGGGUCGAUGCCAGAACCCUGUCAAGAUCCCUGAUUGUAGUUGUUCGACUUGUCUUUUUUUUAAUCCUUUAAGUCCCAAUAGUGACCAAGAUCAAUUUUCUCCUAACAAUAUCCAUACAAUGUUAAGAGAUAAGUUAUGAGAAUUAAUAAAAUGAUCACCCGAGAGAAAAUACCUUGAUCUAUCAUCAAAUUCUCUCAACUAAUUCUUUAAGGAAAUGUAUGGAGAUCAGUUUGGAGAAUUUGUUUGUGGAUACUGGGGCUUAAAGGGUUAACCUCACCCCUUUUCUUUCAGGUGGCAAUCGUUAACAACUGCAAGGCGUGCAUGGACUUCACAGACCAACUGAAGGUGGCCCAUCCCUUGCUUUAUUUUAUUUUUUUUGUUUUUUUUGUUUAAGCACAGGGCAGUGUCCGUCUAGUACAAAGAGGUGAUUACUCAAAUUACGCAGAGACUUUCAUUCGCUGUGUAAGAUGAUAACAUUGUGAUUAGUAAUGACUCGGAUUUAGCUUAGUAGGUAGUAGCCAGAAGAAAAACAACAACAACAACAACUUCUACGCGACUGACAAGCGACGCGAACGACUUCGUAAAUGCUAACAGCAAUGCCGGAAAGAAAUCUCUGCGCACAGGGUGAUAGCUAGAUAGCUCAGCCCCCCCGCCCCCCUUCUCUUCAAGAAUUACUGUUUGAAUGUGAUAUAAAAGCCCAGGAAACUAUGAGGAAACAAAGAGCUGGUGAUGGUGUGAAUCCAUACAAAACUCAAUGACCAACUUAUUAGGUAACUUUUCCUGUCUUCCCAGGAGCGUCUGAUUGCGGAACUCGGUCGAGCUGCAUUUGGUGAAGAUAGGCAGCGAUCCUUCAAGAGUGUCGUCGACUGCUUUGAAAGAAUAGGGGAAGAGAGGUUUGCAACUUCUACAUUCCUUGGCUUUAUAAUAAGAAAACAGUACCUUGACAGAGUUCCCACCCGUUUGGAAAGCUAGGGCUCCUUAGGACUUCCAGUCCCAGGAAACUGAGGGUCCUUUUUGCUAUUGAAGGUCCCCAGAGUUGUAUAUGUGAUUACAAGAGUGGCACGGGUAGAGAGCAAAUAAUUAUUAAAAAACACUAUUUUUUUGGUUGUAUUGUCCUGUGUUUUUUUGUAGUAGUAAAUACGAUCAAAUUGUUGUAGCUCUCCUUGUACAUGUAGUUAAUACAAAUAUCAAACUUGACUUGUUUACUUUGAGUAUUUCAUUAUUUUGACAGCGUAAGGGAUUAACUAUUAAUAAUAAUAAUAAUAAUAAUAAUGGAAUUUAUAUAGCGCUUAUACAUCGCUGUUCUAAGCGCUUUACAAUGUAAAAAAGGACAUAAGAAUAUCAUUAAGCUCAAGCUUACAUAUAACCCUACUGUACACAUCUUAAAAAGGAAAGAAAAAAAAACAAAAACAAAAACAAAAACAAAUAUGACGAAACUAAAUGUCAUAUACCUUUUUAAAUAGAAACGUUUUCAGCUUAGAUUUAAAAAGAUUAACAUCAGAACAAGCUCGAAUUUCAAAGGGGAGCUUGUUCCAUAGUCAGGGCGCAGCAACGGAAAACGCUCGCUGGCCAUAAGUUUUCAUGUUAAAAUUUGGUUCUUCAAGGCGUAAAUGAUCCCUUGAUGACCGUAAUGUCCUUGUUUGAUGGUAAAAUUUUAAAAUAUCUUCAAGAUAUCUGGGACCGGAGCCAUUCAAUGUUUUAAAAGUUAUUAAAUUUAUUUUAAAAUUUAAAACUAUUCUUACGGAAUUUUUUUUCCUUUCUCAUUAGUGCUGGAUAUCUGCUGGAAGAGGUGUUUCUGGAUCUGGAAACUUUCUUCAGUCAAAUCAUGACUCCCACCUGGUGAUUAUAUUUCUUCACUGUUAGCCUGAGUACCAUGUGCUUGGAAGUAAUGGACGCAAGAAAGAUCAGGGCGCGCGAGGGAGACACCCCUCGCGUGUCUCUGUCGCGCACCCCGUUCUUUCUUGCAAAUAACUUCCGAGCGCCUGCUGCGCAGUUUACUCCACUGUUAGUUUUUGUUAUACUUUAGGGCUCUAAAUAACGGCUGCUCUACAGACAAUGUACGACCAGCUUGACCAUUUGUCCGGACAAACUUUUGGUUUGCCGGUCAUUUUGAGAAAAAAAAACAUUUCUCACCAUUACGUUUCAAGAAGACAAACAUUUUUUCACUUUUUGAUUUUGCUUGCUAUGCUAGUACGUUCAAGUCAUUGCAAUGACCGUGUUAUUGUUGACAUUCUGACCGGUCAGAAGAGAUACAUGACUCUGCUAAAAAUUCUUUGGCCGGUCAACACGACCGGCAACAAACCCAAAUUGAUUUUGAGCCCUGACUUUGUAGAUUGUGUUAUGGUAAGUUCGUCAUAGUAACUUUUAGAUCUAAGGAGGAAAUCCUGUGGUGCUGCUAUUCAAAUGAAACCUCUUUUGAUAGGUUUUACAUAGAGAGUUAGAAAUUCGAGCAUUUUUUGAAUUUUUUCAUGGGGCGAGUGAAAGGUUUAAGUUCCUUUUUCAAGAAUUGCACUCCAGCCUUUCUUUACAGACACCCUCACAAUACAAACAUUUCUAUGUUUAGGACUGUAGUAUACCGGAUAGUUUCUCAUGUCGGCAC